UUAGAAGAAAACCUGAGCAUGCCUAUGGAAUCCAUCGUAUAAAACCUCAAAUCUAAACCCUAAAAUUCCCACCGCCGUUCUCAUCUCUCUUCCCAGUUCUCACCUCACCGCUGCAUCUUCACGUCGUCUCUAACGAGGGAAAAUGAGUCGAGGAGGUGCAGCAGCAGCGAAGGGAAAGAAGAAGGGUGCUACAUUCACCAUUGACUGUGCAAAGCCAGUAGAAGACAAGAUCAUGGACAUUGCUUCUCUCGAGAAGUUUCUUCAAGAGAGGAUCAAGGUUGGUGGCAAAGCUGGUGCUCUUGGUGACUCUGUUACCGUUACACGUGAGAAGACUAAGAUUAUUCUCACCUCUGACUGUAACUUUUCCAAACGGUAUUUGAAGUACUUGACGAAGAAGUACUUGAAGAAACACAAUGUGCGAGACUGGCUCAGAGUGAUUGCUUCAAACAAGGAUAGAAGUGUUUACGAACUGAGGUACUUCAACAUUGCUGAGAAUGAGGGAGAGGAAGAAGAUUAGUUGUCUGAUAGCCUUAUUUGCUUAAGUGUUUUGUUUACCCUUUUCCUAUACCUAGCUUCCUUUUUGGCAAAUAUUGCUUGAGAUACGAUGCUUUGUUUUGAUCGGUUGCAAUUUAACGGUUUUGAUCAUUUAAGAAUUGCGGUACUAUUGGUGUUGAAUUGGGAACAGAGUUUACAAAUUAUUCUCUGUUGUUUCAGUUUUUAAAUUGCAUUAUGUUUCUUUCAACAA